GCCCGCGCCGUGCUGCCGCGUGGAGCCGAGCUGCGUGUUCCCCGAUCCCGAUCCCCGCUCCCUGAUCCCGGUCCCCGUGCCCGAGCCGUGCCCCCGCCGCGGGCCGGCGGCGCGGGGAUGGGCGCGGGGCUGUGAGCGGGGCGUGAGCCGUGGCCAUGGGGAACAUCUCGUCCAACAUCUCCGCCUUCCAGUCCCUGCACAUCGUCAUGCUGGGCCUGGACUCGGCGGGGAAAACCACGGUGCUCUACCGGCUGAAGUUCAACGAGUUCGUCAACACCGUGCCCACCAUCGGCUUCAACACCGAGAAGAUCCGGUUGAGCAACGGGACGGCCAAGGGCAUCAGCUGCCACUUCUGGGACGUGGGCGGGCAGGAGAAGCUGCGCCCGCUCUGGAAGUCCUACAGCCGCUGCACCGAUGGCAUCAUCUACGUGGUGGACUCGGUGGACGUGGACCGGUUGGAGGAAGCCAAAACGGAGCUGCACAAGGUGACCAAGUUCGCGGAGAACCAGGGCACCCCGCUGCUCGUCAUCGCCAACAAGCAGGACCUGCCCAAGUCGCUGCCGGUGGCCGAGAUCGAGAAGCAGCUCGCCCUCCACGAGCUGACCCCUUCCACCACGUACCACAUCCAGCCCGCCUGCGCCAUCAUCGGCGAGGGGCUCACGGAGGGCAUGGACAAGCUCUACGAGAUGAUCCUCAAGCGCAGGAAGUCCCUCAAGCAGAAGAAGAAACGAACAGACAAUAGUGGUGGUAACAAAGCGGCUCCCGCCAGCCGAGCCCAGAUCCCGGAGCUCCGCUCUCCCACCCGCUCCUGAGGGUCUGAUCCGGACUCCUUUGGGCUGGAAACAUGCAAAACCGGGGUGAUUCCCCCCGCUCCACCCUCCAGGACCACCGAGCCUUUGUGUGCCGGGGGGACCAACAGGGCAGGACCCUGUUGAAGCGCGUUCGAGAGGAGCCCAGUGCGCUUUUGGUCUCCAGUGUGUGCAUUUUGGGGCGGGGGGUGUCGAUGCCAACCCCCCACAUGCAUUUCGGGGGCAGGGGAUGCUUUGGGGGGGGGGAGGUAUGGGUGCACUCUGGCUCGGCAAGGUCAGCGGGGAGGGGUCUCGCAGCUGCGCCCCGAUACCCGCCCGUAUCCCUGCAUCCUCGGAUCCCUGCAUCCCCGCAUCCCUCCCCCGCGGUCGGCGGUGGGAAGGGGUGUUGGAAACUUGAGGGGGGGUUGGACCAGCAGAAAAUGUCGGGGGUUGAGGGGGUGACGGGUAAGAGGAGACCCACCCGCCCUGGCUGGUGUUCUAGGGUGCAGAGCAAGGACAGGCAGCCUUUGGGGUGGGGGAAGGAAGGAUGCGGCGCGGGGGGGGCUGAGCAGCUGCUGAGU